AUAAUCAGCACAAUGGAGACCCAGGUGUCCAACGGCCCCACAAGCAACAGUUCCCUCCCCAAUGGGCCACUGAUCAGUGCCAAUGGGGCCACUGAUGAUUCCAAAACUAACCUCAUAGUCAACUAUUUGCCCCAGAACAUGACACAAGAGGAAUUCAAGAGUCUCUUUGGAAGCAUCGGAGAGAUUGAAUCAUGCAAACUGGUUCGAGACAAAAUCACAGGGCAGAGUUUAGGCUACGGCUUUGUCAACUACGUUGAUUCCAAUGAUGCUGACAAAGCAAUCAACACCUUGAAUGGGCUCAAACUGCAGACAAAAACAAUCAAGGUGUCCUAUGCACGGCCGAGCUCCGCUUCUAUCCGUGAUGCCAAUCUCUACGUCAGUGGCCUGCCCAAGACCAUGAGCCAGAAAGAGAUGGAGCAGCUCUUCUCACAGUAUGGACGCAUCAUCACCUCCCGUAUCCUUGUGGAUCAAGUCACAGGUGUAUCUAGAGGUGUGGGAUUCAUCCGCUUUGACAAGAGGAUAGAAGCUGAGGAAGCCAUCAAGGGGCUGAAUGGGCAGAAACCGCUGGGUGCUAGUGAGCCCAUCACAGUCAAGUUUGCCAAUAACCCCAGCCAGAAGACAGGGCAAGCAUUACUCACACACCUGUAUCAGACCACAGCCCGGCGGUACACAGGGCCUUUGCACCACCAGACUCAGCGAUUCAGGCUCGACAAUUUGCUAAACAUGGCAUACGGCGUCAAGAGGUUCUCUCCUAUCACGAUCGACAGCAUGACCAGCCUGGCGGGAGUCAAUCUGACCGGGGCCUCCAGUGCUGGCUGGUGCAUCUUUGUGUACAACCUCUCUCCAGAGGCAGAUGAGAGCGUCCUCUGGCAGCUCUUUGGGCCCUUUGGAGCCGUCACCAACGUCAAAGUAAUCCGCGACUUCACCACCAACAAGUGCAAAGGCUUUGGCUUUGUCACCAUGACCAACUAUGAUGAAGCAGCCAUGGCCAUCGCCAGCCUCAAUGGCUACCGACUGGGUGACCGAAUCCUCCAGGUUUCCUUCAAGACCAGUAAGCAACACAAGGCAUGA